AUGGACACCCUCCUCAACCACUGCAUGUCCGGCACCCUUACUCCAACGCUCCUCAGAUCCCAACUUUCCUCCUCCUCUAACCCUGAACCUGACUCCAAACCCCACCUCGACAUCAACGCCAUCCACCCCACCAAAGGCAUUACCCUCCUCAUCGCAGCCAUCUUCAAAUCCCAUCCCACGACCGUCUCCCUCCUCCUCUCCACCGGCCACGCAAACCGCAACACCUCCUCCCGCGACGGCGUCACCCCACUCUGCUGGGCCACCACCGCCACUCUCAAGCAUCACGCCCAGAUCGUCAGCUUGCUGCUCAACGCGGGCGCAGACGUCGAUGGAACAUGCGAGACGCUCCGUAACGAAACACCGUUUAUGCUGACCCUCUGCGAAUCAAGAGACACAGAGGUAAUCAAACUGCUAGUUGAAGCCGGGGCGUCGUUCACAGCGCCAAGUAAAAAGGGGGAAACGGUGGAGGAUGUUGCGAGGAGGGUGGGUGCGUUGGGGGACCCGGGGGUGAAAGCGGCGCUGUACCCAAGGGAAAGCAGGUUAAAUCUGGAGGAGGUGGUGAGGGUGAUUUGUGCGGUGAUUGGGAUAGUGGUGGCUUGGGUCAAUAGCGCGACGGUGGAGAGGGUGAUUGGGGGGGGUGGGGUGGUGAAGGAGAUGGGGGAGGUGGUUAAGAAGUGGCAUGGUCUGGAGGGAAGGAGGGAUGAGAGUUUGGAGAAGGAAAUGUGGGAGAAGGAACCGAGGACGGUUGAGGAGUUUAGGGAGUCGAUUGACAAAUAUGUCACAAAGACUGGGCUGGAUACAUUCUUCUCUGGUGCAAACAAGACGUUCUUGCAGACGGUGGCGGAGAAGGCGACGGAUCUACUUAACGAUCCCAUGGAUCCGUUGAGUAGUCCAGAGAAUGUGAGGACUCUGAUUGCGCUUAACGGCAGCGGUUCUAUGCUUCAGGGUAGUCGAGCCCAAGCCCAAGCUGCUCUUGUCGAGCGGAUUGCCCGCGUCGCCACACUGCUCGUCCCCAAAGAAGGAGUACAUCUGCGAUUUAUCAACAGCUCCAGCGAUGAUCUCGACAAUCUCGACGUUCAAGGCGUCAAGAAUAAGAUGAAGGCGCUUAGGAUCACCAAGGGUAGCUACACUCAGAUUGGCACGGGCCUGGAGGAGAAGAUCCUCAGACCCUUUGUCCACGAUCCUCUUGAUAACGACCAGGAAUUGACCAGGCCUUUGCUCGUCUGCAUCACCACGGACGGGUAUCCGGAGAACCCCCCGGCAAUUGGACCGCUGAGGGGCCGGGAGACGUUCGAUAAGACCGUGGAUGCGAUCUACGAGUUCGGAGAGAGACUGGAGAGGGAUGAGAGGUAUCCGAGAACAGGGGUUCGUUUCUUGAUCAGCCAGAUCGGAAGAGAUAGCAAGGCGGAAAAGUUUCUGGACGCUCUGGAUAAGGAUACUCGUCUAAGCGACGUUGUUCAUGUCACUGCCGAGAAACUGGAUGAUCGAUGGGUGGAGUUGCGAGACCACGAGCGCCAUCUGGAGGAAUGGUUACUUCGGACGCUGCUUGCUCCCAUCGUGGAAAAGGGGUUAGACUAGCAGGACUGUCGCAGGAACGGAAGGGGUUAAGGUGACGAAGAUAUUUGAGCUGGC